AUGGAUCUUCCUACAUUGCUGCUACUAACAGUAGUAGGCAUUUAUGUUUUCUUGAAGCUUUUAUCUCAGCUUUGCACGGUUCCUAAGGAGUACCUUCAACAACAAUCGUCAGUUGAACCAACAAGACUUGCGCAUGAAUCAUCCAUAUAUAAGUCUAUAAGGUACCAUAGUCUCAGAGUUGGUUUAGAUAUUAGGUAUGACUCUUAUAAAAUAAGACUGGGGAACUUGAAUGAUAUUUGGAGUAUUGCUAUGGCCGAAGCGGCACAAAAGAGAGACAAGGGUAUAUUUAUUAAUCGCGAGGUUUUGAAAUAUACCUAUAUCAAUUAUUGCAUCAGCGAAUGGCAAAAGAAACAGGAGGAGCCUAUAGAGAGCAUUAACAUCCCAAUUGAUUACACAAUUGACAAGAAAUGGGUAGUUGGUGUGUUAAUUGGGUUUAUCUUACAAAUUCCCGUUCGAUUUUAUGAGCGCAAUAAGGGCAAGGACAAGGACAAGGACAAGGACAAGUUGUCAAGCGGGCUCGACAUUUCAAAUAUAACUCUCCCAACUAAAGAGAAGGAAAAGCUAGACUUUGUAAAUAAUUACACCCCAACAAAAGAUAGAGGAAUAGCAAUAAAGUAUGCAAGACAAGUGAGACCCGGAAUUGACGUUCUCGUUGAAUUUACUCAAUUGAAUUUGGUUAGUGCCGUGGCAUCAUCGAUAAAGCAUCUUCCAGUAGAUUAUUCGGGAAAAUCCAUGACUAUAGUCCCACUGGAAAGUUUUGAAAACAUAUCAAAUUCAAUAGUUAAGUUACUUAUGGGGUUUGUUUCAAAUAUGGAAAUUCAUAUAGACUAUGAGGCCAGAUUUGAUACUGAUAUGAUCUCAUUACCAGACUAUGUAGUUGACAAGAACAAAUUGAACAAGAUGUCCUUUAUCAGCAAAUUAAAAUUAUUUGCACUCAACAAAGGUAUAUUCAAAUCCACCAAGCUAAUCUACAUUCAAUCAAAUUUAGACAAACCGAAAUUCACGUCAAUUGAAAAAAACAAGCUCAUGAUUAGUAAAAACUCUCAUGUGAUACAAGAAUUUCACAAUUUCAAUGUUAUUGGACCGAUACUAGUAACAGAUUAUUUCGAGCAUAGAACAUAUGCACCUUAUUUUGGAGCGAUAUCACAAUCUUUAGAAAUGAAACUCAUCAAUUUUGAUCCAAGAACUAAGCUGGGUAACAUCAUGAUCCGCGGUUAUAGUAUUGGGAAACCUACCAAUUUUAUUAAUGGCAAAGUUGCUGAAAAUGACAUGCAUGGAAAUCAAUAUAAAAAGAGUAGUGAUGGGUUUAUGCCUCUACCACUAAACAUCAAAGGGAGAUGGGGUACUGAUGGUUGCUUGUACAUAGUUUAA